UCGCCCGCGUGGGCUUGAGAAGAGGAUCCUUCGAGAGCCGGGAAGGCUCCUAUUACGAGGGAAACGGACUACCGGUUUUCAUCCCAACCGGGAAGGAGUUGCGCUUGGGCGGGGAGAGGGGGGCCAAAAGAACCAAGCCCCCAACGACUCAAGGAUCGGAACUCAAAGCCGCUUCCAACUUCUCCGCCACCUGUUGCUGCUCCUCCACUCCGACCGCCUGGAGCAGCCGAACCAGGGAGGGAAGGAGAGAGAGGGACGGCGAAGCAUCCCUGCCCUGGGAGUCGAACCCCCUCUGUAAGGGGGAAAGAGGGCUUGGCGUUUGAAAAGCGUGCCCCGAUGGUGGAAGAAGAAGAAGCCGGCGCCCCAGAAAUCCCAAGUCUCCCCGAAGUGCCAGGAGCGGAGCGAUGCGCGCUGAUUUGACUUUCUAAGAACGAGACCGUCGCUCGGCUAAUAGGGGAAACAGCACCGCACCUGAGACGCGUUUUGGGGGAAGAAAAACUUACACCGCUCCCCUCUCACCCGAAAUAUAUAUAUUUAAAAACAUAGGGGACAGCAACUUUUCUCCAAACUUUUGGCCUUGGCUGGAAUGAGCUGAGUUCGAGUUCCUUGAUUUAAAAAACAUAGGGGGCAGCAACUUUUCUCCAAACUUUUGGCCUCGGCUGGAAUGAGCUGAGUUCGAGUUCCUUCAUUUGAAAAACAUAGGGGACGGCAACUUUCCUCCAAACUUUUGGCCUUGGCUGGAAUGAGCUGAGUUCGAGUUCCUCGCGGGAGAGUUUGCAGAGGGAGGGAAAAAAAGGAAGACCACCUGCCGUUGUUUCGGAGCCACGCCCGACCUUUCCAGGGAUCCCAAAGCAGAGACGACCUCGUCCUCUAGUCUUCAGCCCACCCCGCCCGCCCACUCCCCAUUCCGAGACUUUGACCAGGUAUAUAGACAUGCACCCCAACUGUUGAUCCCGUCUCCCGGGGGGAGAGGGGGGGGAAAUCGAAGCCCUAAAUCGCCAGAACCAGCAAGCCGGCUCCUCAACCCCCCCAAGGAGGCAGGCAGGCAGGUAGGCGGGAAGAGCCUAGGAGUGGGGGGCGGCAGAGGAGAACCGAGCUGGGGGAGGCGCAACUAUGAAGCUGGAGAUCUUCGCUCCGCGAUACGAGGACAAGCUCAACGGGCCCGGCGGCAGCGACCAAGAAGGCGGCGGCGAAGCUUCCCCGCGGGCAGCCGAGAGCGAGCUGGGCUCCGACGGGGAUUGCGCGGCGCUCAGCCCGGCCAGCGGCUGCGGGGCUUCUCCCCUGCAGGGACCCCCCGAGCCUUCGCCUUCCCCGGGAGGCGAGGCUAAAUCGGCGUCGGGCCUGUCCGGGAAGCCUUACACGCGCCGUCCGAAGCCCCCCUACUCUUACAUCGCUCUGAUCGCCAUGGCCAUCCGGGAUUCGGCCGGGGGCCGCUUGACCCUGGCGGAGAUCAACGAGUACCUGAUGGGCCGCUUCCCUUUCUUCCGCGGGGCGUACACGGGCUGGCGCAACUCGGUGCGCCACAACCUCUCGCUCAACGACUGCUUCGUCAAGGUGCUGCGGGACCCGGCCCGGCCUUGGGGCAAGGACAACUACUGGAUGCUCAACCCCAACUCCGAGUACACCUUCGCCGACGGCGUCUUCCGCAGGAGGAGGAAGCGGCUCAGCCGUCCGGGGCUCCCUUCGGCCGCCCGGGGCUCCCCUUCGGCUCAGCCCGCUUCCCCGGCUGCCGAUCGGAAGACCCCCUCGGGGGAAUCGGACGCGGGAGCCGUCGGGGGAGCCUCGACCCCUCCUGGCACGAAAUUCUCCAGCCCCUUCGCCAUCGAGAGCCUCCUGAGCCGGCCGUUCCAGCCUUCCGAGCGGCAGCCGCGGCCCCCCGCCAGGCCGGUGGGCGAACGGGCGGUGGCGUGGGCCGCCCCCGCGAGUUAUUCCCGGCUCCUCGCUCAUCCGUCCGUCUCUUACGGCGUCGUGCCUGCUUUCCCACUGGCGGCGGCCUCUGCCCUUUACCACUACGGACUCCCGGAUCCUCUGCUGCUCGAGUCCUCCAAGGGGAAGGCUUCGAGCGCCCGCGACCCGCACCAGCCCUUCCACGCGAGACCCUCGUUCCUCUCCUCCCCACGGCUGUCUUCGGCGCAGCUGCAAACGCUGAGCGUUUCUCAGCUCUACUGCCCCCUCCGGCUGCCCAGCUCAUUGCACCAGGUGGCGGCCAGUCAUCACAACACCUUCAGGCCUUAUCACCCGUCAGAGACUCUCUCAGUGUAACAACCCACGGGAAAUGCUGGGAUAACGUAGGGACAGGCGGGAAGUGUCUCUCAAUGCACUUUUUAAAAAAAAAAUCCAGACUCAGUACAAAGACUGUGCCUUAAAAGAGCCAUUUUUCUCCUCCAGACAAAAAACAAAAAGCUGUAUGUAUAUGUAUAUAUAUAUACACACACACAUCGUUUCCUGCGCAUGAUGGUUGUUUGAAGGUUGGUGGGGGCAUCCGUCAGGCUGCAGAUGCCUUGCUUCUUAAAGUGAAUCUGGAGAGGUGCAUCGGAGGAUGGGAAUCUUUUCUCCAUGAUUGUAAAUAAAGCAUAUGCAGAUCCUGAAGUAAGUCCGAUCGAAUUAAUUUUGGGCUGUUUAGCAAUAGCAGUUAGACUUAUAUACCACUUCAUAGGGCUUUCAGCCCUCUCUAAGCGGUUUACCGAGUC